AUGUCGGUGGGAACAUUCCGAGCAACCUACCUGGUUGCGUUGAGCUGCAUUGGAUCCUUCCUCUUUGCAUACGAUACAGGCAUCGUCGGCGGAGUUCUUACCCUUGAAUCCUUCAUCCGAGACUUGGGCGUGUCUUCCCAUGAUUUGGCCAAUGUCAGCUCUCUUUCGGCCAGUCUGCUUCAAGCGGGAGCAUUCUUCUCGUGCUUCUUCGUCUGGCCCGUCACCGCAAGAUACGGUCGUCGACUCGCCAUUGUGCUCGCCGCGCUCAUUUUCGACAUCGGUGCCAUUCUUCAGCUCUUCCCAAACGGUGGUGUCGCUACCUGGUAUGCCGGCCGUGUCAUUGCGGGCGUGGGCAUUGGCAUCGCCACGGUAAUAGUGCCACUCUUUACUGCCGAAAUGGCCCCAAAGAGCAUUCGUGGUCGGCUGGGUAGCAUGUUCCAGUUCUUCUUCACCCUUGGUGUCAUGACAUCCUACUGGGUCGACUAUGGUGUGUCUAAGAUGCCGUCUUCAACCAAGCAGUGGCGCAUCCCGGUCGGCUUGCAGCUUGUCCCCGGUGGCAUCCUUUGCAUGGGAAUGCUGCUGGUGAAGGAGUCCACUAGGUGGCUGGCCAAGAAAGGCCGGCACGACGAAGCUAUGGCGUCCCUGAUCUGGGUCCGUGGAGGCGAUUCCCCAGAAGUUCACCAAGAGAUGGCGGAGAUUUUGGCCGGUAUUCGAGAAGAAGAGCGUCAAACAGAAGGACUUACGUGGAAGGAGUAUCUGCUUCCUGCCAACCGCUUUCGCCUGUUCGUUGUCGUCACUCUGCAAAUUGUUUCUCCCCAGGUGUUCAAGUCUGUCGGGGCCGGAAGCAAUGCUCUUUUCUUCAGUGGCUUCUUCGGUGUUGCUAAGGUCAUUGCAUGCUUUUUAUUCUUGUCGUUCUUGGUCGAAAGAAUUGGCCGUAAGGGAGCCCUGGCCGUCGGAGCUACCCUGAUGGGUUGCUUCUUCAUUAUCGUGGCUGUCUUGACAGUCACCCACCCGCCUAAUCCGAAUGGAGGCCUUAGUAGCGCGUCUGUUGCUUCUCUCGUCAUGAUCUAUCUCGAAGCCAGUAAGUCGCCGGACAAUGCUUUAUUCCUCGGGGGACUAAACUCUUUAGUGGUGUAUAAUAUGUCUUGGGGUCCGGUGCCUUGGCUCUACACGGCUGAGAUAUUCCCCAACCGUAUUCGCGAAGGCGGUGUGGCCAUUGGCACGGCCACGCAGUGGUUGUUCAACUUUGUCUUCUCCCAGAUCACGCCUCAUGCCGUCAACAACCUUAAAUGGAGGACAUUUUUGAUGUUUGCCAUCUUCAACUGGGCUCUCGUGGUAUACGUAUGGUUCUUCAUCAAAGAGACUAAAGGCAAAUCUCUCGAAGAGAUGGAGCUCAUCUUCAACGCCAAGCAUACUCAACUUGACCUUGAUAAGACACACCAUAAGGCUGGCGAGACUUUCGAACACAUCGAAAAUCAGGAUGGCAAGGGCGGGCCUGGUCAAAUUGCUUAA